GCUCCUAUAAUAACUUUCUCAAUGCUGAGAAAGUCAACUCUAUCAAUAUCAUAUUGGAAGCUUUUGGCAAUACAAAAACCUGCCUCAAUGCGAAUGCAACGCGUUUUGCACAGCUGUUGAGUUUAGACUUCGAUCAAAGUGGACAAAUCGCCUCCGCUUCGGUGCAAGUGCUGCUGCCUGAGCGACAACGCGCUGGGCGACGUCAACCUAACGAUCAUAGCUUCCAUAUAAUGGGGCGUUUGCUCGCUGGCGCCGAAGGAUUGCUGCAGAAGGAGCUGCAUCUGGAUAACAUUUCAGCAGCGGACAAUCAUCCUUUCGUUUCGCUCUCGCAGAAAUUGGAGGAGCGUCAUCGCGCAGCCGCUGAGUUCAUGCGCACGACGCAAGCGUUGGAAGCUUUAAAUAUCGAAGCGAAAGCUGUGCGUGGCGUUUGGAGCAUAUUAGCGGCUAUUUAUCAUCUAGGAUUGGCGGGUGUCACAAGGCUCAAUGCUGGGCCAGCUGCGCGCGUACAGUUUGCAAAUCCAUCAGCCGCGCGUAGAGCUGCUAGCCUACUCGGUGUUUCAAUGGAGGAUUUAACAGCUGCCGCUUUUAAUACAGCGUCUGGUGGUGGUGGUGGUGGUGGCACAAGCCCUUCGAAAUCGCCUAACGAUAGUAGUGAGCAGGCUUGGGAAUCACUGGAAGCGCUCGCCGUCGGUCUCUAUUCCGAGGCAUUGGCCGCCGUGGUGGCGCUAAUAAAUAAAGCAAUCUGCACUUCGGCGCAUACUAUCGCUUCCAUUAUGCUCGUAGACACGCCGGGCUUUCAGAAUCCCGCCAGCUGUGGUCUGCAAACGGGUGCCACCCUCUCCGAUUUACGUCACAAUUACCUACAAGAGCGCUUACAGUUGCUCUUUCAUCAUACCACGUUGGUGGCGCCGCGUGACCGCUAUGCGCAGGAGCUAGUCGAGAUCGAUACGGAGGGCAUGUCGGAAACAAAUCCCGGUCCGCUAGUAUCGCUCAUCGACAAGUCGCCACAAAAUCAUGUUGUGCGUUCGUCGCAACGUGAUUUGCGCGAGCAUGAUCGUCGCGGUCUGCUCUGGCUGCUUGAUGAGGAGUCUAUGUACCCCAACUGCAAUGAUGAUACAUUCCUGGAGCGCCUCUUUACGCAUUAUGGCGAUCGUGAGCAUCAAACUUUGUUGCGCAAAUGCGCCGGUCCCAAACAGUUUGUAUUGCAACAUCUGCAGGGCACUAAUCCGGUGUUGUACACAGUGGACGGUUGGGUGCGGCAUAGCCGUGAACACCCUGCCAUACGUAAUGCUGUAACACUGCUGCAAGAUAGCUCACGUGAUGAGAUAAGUCGUCUGUAUAUUGGUUCGCUAACACGUGGCGCGGGUGGCAUUGUUUUUUGCGGUUCUAUUGCCGGCCUCGAAGGCACACAAUCGCUACGUCGCGUCUCGAGCAUACGACGUUCGUUCACCUCUGCUGGUGUAAAACGUAAUUCCAUAAUGUUGCAAGUGAAAUUCACUGUCGAUGGCAUCAUUGAUACCCUGCGCCGCACAGGCACCCAUUUCGUACACUGUUAUAUGUUGCAGCACAAUGCCGGUCAACAUAGCAGCUACUCGGCGAGCGGUUCGCCAAACGCCGCUGCAUUGCAAUCGAGCUGCGAGGACAUGGUGAAUAUUCCUUUGCUACGUAGUCAGUUGCGCGGCUCGCAAGUGCUCGAGGCGGCACGUUUACAUCGUUUGGGCUUCCCAGAAUCAGUUCCUUUGGUCGAGUUUGUGCGUCGUUUUGGUUUACUGGCUGCUAUUGAUGCUGCCACUGCCAAGGACAUAACGGUCGAACAAAUUUUAGCCGCUAAUGAAGUGGAUACAGCUACAUACCGUAUCGGACCUAGUCAA